UGGAAAGAUGUGAUCAGAGGGUCAGAGAGAGGAGGCUUUUUCUGAUUGCUCAUUUCAGUAAUAAUAAAACAACUUCUGAAAUUACAAACGACGCUCUCGUUUGGUCGGGAAAAACAAAUAUAAAUGCGCCGUGCUGAUUAGAAGGCGGAGAGAAUGCCCGUGUUGUAGAAGAUAUUAUUUCCCCCGGUUGUUUUGGCUCAAGAGCUCGACCAGGAUGUCAAAGCGACGCAUUUCAGAGAGGGGCGCUGGGGAGACCUCCGGCAGGGCCAGCAAGCUCCUGUGUCCCGGGAUAUCGGGAAACAACGCCAAGAGAGCAGGCCCUUUCAUCCUCGGACCUCGGCUGGGGAAUUCUCCUGUGCAGAGCAUAGUUCAGUGUCUGGCAAGAAAAGAUGGGACAGAUGAUUUCUAUCAGCUGAAGAUCCUGACCCUGGAGGAGCGGGCGGACGCGGCGGCGGAGACGCAGGAGGAGCGGCAGGGGAAGAUGCUGCUGCACACCGAGUACUCGCUGCUGUCUCUGCUGCACAGCCAGGACGGCGUGGUGCACCACCACGGCCUCUUCCAGGACCGCGCAUACGAGAUCGUGGAGGACCUGGACUCCAACAAGGUGAGGAAGAUGAAGAAGAGGAUCUGCCUGGUGCUGGACUGCCUGUGCGCCCACGACUUCAGCGACAAGACGGCCGACCUCAUCAACCUGCAGCAUUACGUCAUCAAGGAGAAGCGUCUGAGUGAGAGGGAGACCAUCGUCAUCUUCUACGACGUGGUACGAGUGGUGGAAGCCCUGCACAAGAAGAAUAUUGUGCACCGAGACUUGAAACUGGGAAACAUGGUGCUCAACAAAAGGACUCACAGGAUAACCAUCACCAACUUCUGCCUGGGGAAGCACCUGGUGAGCGAGGACGACCUGCUGAAGGAUCAGAGAGGGAGUCCGGCCUACAUCAGCCCCGACGUGCUGAGCGGCCGUCCGUACCGCGGUAAGCCCAGCGACAUGUGGGCCCUGGGGGUGGUGCUGUUCACCAUGCUGUACGGGCAGUUCCCCUUCUACGACAGCAUACCUCAGGAGCUCUUCCGCAAGAUCAAAGCUGCUGAGUACACCAUUCCAGAGGACGGCCGUGUGUCGGACAGCACCGUGUGUCUGAUCCGGAAGCUGCUGGUCCUGGACCCCCAGCAGAGACUGACCGCGGCAGAGGUGCUGGAGUCCCUCAGCAGCAUCAUUGCCUCCUGGCAGUCGGUGUCCUCUCUCUGUGGGCCGCUGCAGGUGGUUCCAGACAUCGACGACCAGGUGAACCACCCCGAGCAUCUACAGGAGGCGAAGGUGAUGGAGGAGUCGUCCCAGUAUGAGUUUGAGAACUACAUGCGCCAGCAGCUGCUGCUGGCUGAGGAGAAAAACACUAUCCACGAGGCCAAGGGCUUCCUCAGCAAGCGGCAGUUCGGCAGCGUGCCCCCGGUGCGGCGCCUGGGCCACGACGCCCAGCCCGUCAGCCCGCUGGACGCCGCCAUCCUGGCCCAACGCUUCCUCAGGAAGUAGCUUCCCCUCCCCCACCCCCCGGCCCUGCGGGGCACCCAGAAAAACUCAUCCCCGCCUCCUCAGCCCGGCCCAGCCCGCACACCCCCACCCCCCACCCCAGACACCCCGAAGGACACCUCGUGGGGCCCCCCGCUGCUCGAGGGUAGAGGCCCGGGAUUGGGGCGAGGACCCCUUCACCUCUCUACACCCACUAACCCUGCCCACCCCCCUCUUUUACCCACUCUCACAUAACCCCACCCAAUCCCCCCCAAUCUGCUCUCACACCCACUAACCCUGCCCCUCCCCCCGACCCCCCUGCUUUUACCCACUCUCACAUAA